UGAAAAUCUGCUUUUUGACAAGUGAAAAAACAAUUUUUCUAGACUCUCAAAACAUUGUUUGAGUUAAAAUAUCCAAAUACUUCCAUGCUGACCUUAAUUAAAAUCCAUAUGGUCGAUUUGAAGUGAUGAAUUUUCCGAUAUAAACUUUAUGCUUGAUGUUGGACCAAAAAAUGGCGAUUUUACAAUCAAUUUUUAAACGAUAUUUAACUCCAAUUUAGCUGUUAUUCCAAUAAUAAGAUGAUUCUGUACCAUAGCGAAUGAUUUGUAGAUUAUAGAAUGAGUUUUUAAAAUGGAUCAUGUUUGGUGUAUAAUAACAAUAGGAGUACAUACUUAUAUAAACAUUUUCACCUGAAAAAAAUGUCCCGAGGAUAUGGGAAAUAUCGCCGAGGGGGAGGAUCCCACUCUAGUUUUCACUUUGACAAUUUAUUUAAAGAAAAUAGCAAUAGACCUUCUGCUGCUAGAUCAGCAGCUACUGUUGGAAAAUGGGGUAUAACCUCAUUCACCUCUAUCCGCACCAUUAAUGGUAUUCGCUCAACAGAAAAGAAUUCCAAGCCAGCUACUCCAGACGCAGCACCAAAACCAAAAAAGUUCUUCAAAAGUCGAAACCCCGACCCCCCUGACUUAACUCCCUCCUACUCCAAGUCAUCGCACCCUCCCCCAAAGAAAUCUAGGCAAACUGUAGAGCCCAGUGACAGGACGACUAGAGCAUCUUCCCCGCGAAAAUUCUUCUCGUCUAAAAGUAGCAGUAGUAGCAGCAGCACCACCACAGAAAAGACUGUAUUGAGUUCAAAUGUAAAUAAGAGUAAAAAUAAUGAACCCACAAAACCACCAAUAGUAUUAAGAAUAUGCCGAGGAAAGUCCCAGUUACUUAACGAUUCCGACGAAUCAGAAAGUACGCCUACUCCUUCAAGCACUCCCUCUACCUCCAACACCACCAGCCCCAGAGCUUUGAAGGACACGACGAGGCCUAGCAAUUGUCGGAUUACGAGAUCAGCAAGACGCAGUAUGCAACAAGACCAUCCCAGUAGUUCCCCAGCCGCAGCUGACACUCCCGCAGAAUUUUCCCUCUUCACCAGCCCGAAGAACGACAGCGAUCUCUCUCCUCAAUACAUCCCAGCCGAAAAAUACGAAUUGGAGCGUAAAGCUAUGUACGAUAACUUACUUAGACCCAGUUCGCCCAAGGAGACGAACACGCAGUCCAACGAUGAGUUCACGAAUUUCGAUAACAGAGCUAAUAAUUCAUCGCCAGAUGGCGCUGCUAGCCUCGCCGAAGCUAGUAAGGAGGAUAACGAAGAGACCGAGGAGAAUGGUGGUGAAGAAGAUAGGAGCGAAGUAGAUAUGGAAAUAGACACAACCCCAAUUGUAACAGCAGAUGUCAAAGAAAAUCCUCCUCCCCCUGACGAAGAAGAAGAAGAGGACGAAGACAUUGAGGAAGGGGACGAAAUGGAUGCAGAAGAAAAUGGUAUCGAUAUCGCGGUACCUACGGAACCUGAAGAACCAGAAGAACUUGAAGAGCUUGAUGAGCCUGAAGAACCUGAAGAGCCCGAAGAACUUGAAGAGCUUGAAGAACUCGAAGAACUUGAAGAACUCGAAGAACUUGAAGAACCCGAACCAGUGGUCAAACUCAGAAGUAAACAGGCUGCAAUCGAAGAAGAAUGGAGUACGGACAGUGAUUCAAAUAGUACAUCACCUGAAAUGGAAGUUAAGCAGAUAUUGCCAGAUCCUAACUUUAAGAUGAACCAGAUAGAAGAGCACAAAUCUGAAAUCCUCGAUAAAAUCCUAGAAAAACCACCUGAGUUGACACCCCCGGUGAAGCUCGUCAUCUCCAAGAAAAAGGGCAGCAUCUUUAAAAGUCGCACGCUGAUAGACGAUGGUGUCCCGAAGAAACGUCGUGCCCUCUACAAACACAAAUGGACGGAUGACAACAAGGAACAGACAAAACCAAGCGAAGAGACCGGUACGUCGUCAAGCGCGGAAGAUAAAACGGUCGACGAUGGAUUCGAUUUUAAAGAUGAAAUGUUAGAGAGGGUAAUUGAUGAUAAAGAAGAAGGAGAGGUGACGAGAGUCAGAUGUACAAGGAGUAAUAAACCGUACUACACAGUUGUGCGAAAUGUCAAAAAAGCCCACCAAAUUCAGGAAAUUGGCGAAUUCCAAGAAUUCAAUGACGAUGUAGAGUAUAUCCUAGACGCUCUGCAGUAUAAAUACCCAAUUGGCACUAGGUGUCUAUCAGCAAUAACUUUGGCCUCCAAAUGUAUGGUACCAGCCUUUAGGAUGCACGUCAGAGCCCACGGUACUGUCGCCAAAUUCUUUAAAGCCUUGCACGAUGCUCCAAAAAAUCAAAGUUUAGGUUUGUGUACAGCUACAGUAAUGUUUGUCCUAAGUCAAGACAGACUGAACAUGGAUCUAGACCGGGACUGUCUAGAACUCAUGUUGAACCUUUUGGAAUCUGACGUCAGUUAUCAACAAGCCUUAGAUGAUUGCGGACUUAGUACCGCGCAGUUAGAGAAGAACAAGCUCAAAGUCAGGGAAAUAUGUGCGGAAAUCCAAAGCCAGGGACACGCCAUGCAUUUAAAUCUUGAAUCUAUAACGGUGGGGCAACUGGCUAUGGAGACUUUGUUAAGUUUGACGUCGAAAAGGGCGGGAGAAUGGUUCAAAGAGGAACUUCGAGAACUUGGUGGGCUGGAACAUAUCAUGAAAACAAUUCACGAAUGUUGUCGACAAGUUUCCGACUACGUAGUCACAUGGACAGAUACUUUAUUAGAUAAAUUAAGAAAAGUAGAUCGAUGUUUGAGGGUUUUGGAAAAUGUAACGCAUAAUAAUGAAGAAAACCAAAACUAUAUACUCAAAUAUGGCGAAGGUGCUAUUUUGGACACUCUCGUUAACUUGUACAAACUUUGUGAUGGCGAAAUACCUCUCUAUCCGGUCACUGAUAUUACCGACAAAACUUCCACCGGCACAAUAAUCAGGGAAGCACUUUUGGUUACGUUAAAAGUUCUUAUCAAUUUAACGCAUCAUUUUAACAACCAAUCUAUUGGUAGUCAGCUGAUUGGAACCAGAGCGGGCAUUAUAGAAACCAGUCUUCAUUUAUUAUUACAAGUGCCCAAUUACAUUCCUGAUCAAAAGAAAUUCGAAUUGGGAGUUCUUGUACUUAUGUUAUUAAUAAAUCUCAUACAAGAUCAAGAUUCCAAUAAAAAGCUUCUUAUGGCAGCAAAAGCACCUCCAAAAUUAGAGAGCAUAUAUUCCCGCGAAGAAAGUGCGGUAGAAGCUUUAAUAGCACAAUUCUACCACUGGGAAGGAUGCGCUAUGAUAGCUGAGGACAAAACGAACGCCAUUUUGGAUGGCGAGAAAGAUGGUGAAGAUGCUCCCACUCCAAAAUCUAAUGAAGAAUUUAUAGAAGAAACGGUUGCAAAAUUGUUACAAAAGGCUGGUACUCACAUGGAGUUUACAUUCCUGGCUUCCUAUAUCGUCAUGUUGGUCGGUUUUCUCAUUAUGGAACACCCGGAAUGGCAGCAAUUUAUUAGACAGUUUUUGAAAGGAAGUAACUUCGCAGACAUGGUCGAAUUACUUAAAAAAUUCUUCAAUUUCAUGAAUUUGACAGCAUCAACGGAGGCAUCAAGCGUGUGUGCAGUCAAAGCUACGGAAAAAGUGAUAAAAUUUUUGGAAGAGUGUGAUAAACCCCCGCCGGUCGAUGAUUCCAACCCUGAAAAACCACCCGCCUUUUACGAAUCCAUUGGCAUGGACUUGAGCUAUAGGUUGACCUCGUAGUUUUUUUUAAUUUAAUAUUGUUGGACUUGAAAUUACUCAUAGCGUUUGUGAAUAUAUGGAUUUAAUGAUAACAUAGAAAGGACCUGGUUUAUCAUUUUUUUUUCUACAUCCUCGAAUUUUUUCAACACUGUUACAAAAAUGAGAAAUAUCUAGUGUUUUUUUUUUCUUCUAAGGAACCUACAGGUCUGGUUUAAUAAUUGAACAUAAAAUAAGAAUAUAAUAGUCACAAUUUUAAAAGGUAGGCCUGUUUUUUACAUUUCAGAGAUAGACCAUCGCCGAUUUUUUUUGUGUGUGAAGUGAAAGAAAUUAUCAUUGUCUAAUUAUAUAGUACAAAUUUCUUGAUUCAAAAUUUCGUUUUAAAAAAAUAUUUGAUUAUUUCUCAGUUACACAACAGUUACCAAAGCAACAUAUAUUUGACAGCUGUUAAUAUUAAUUUAAUUUGUAUGUAGUUACCAUGGUGUAAAUAUAAGGUGUUUCAACUCUCAAAAAAAAAAAUGGCGAAAAUGGAUCAGGGUACAAGUAACCUAACCUACAGUGUUACUCCCAAAUAUCAAUCUGACCCACAGUUGCCUCUUAUAUCCAAUGUUUUAUCAUUUAAACUACGCUGUUAUCCCUUCUCCCUAUUGUUCUACUUUCCUUCCAUGUGUUAUUCCUCUACUUUUAACCAAUUAUUACCCCACUUUCAAAAAAAAAUCACUUACAUUUAACUCUAAUUUAUUUUAACAAGUAAAAAAUACAAUAUAUAAAUACUGUAGCUAAAUAAAAUUCUUUGAAUUCUUCUUGACAACCAUUUCACUUUAUCUAGCAGUAACUUAAUUGGAGUUUUGAGUAUAUUUAUCAAAUCACUCUUUUAUAGUUUGUACAAAGAAAAAUUACAUUGAAUAUUAUAACCACAGCAAUAAUAUUAAAUUUAGUUUUUUGACCAUUCCAUUUUUCAUUUCGAUAGUCAGUGUAUAAUAGUGACAUUAUCGAAUGUAAAGCUUACCUUAGUACCAGUUCCUAGAAUUUCAAGUCCCAAUUCCUUGAUGGGCAUAUUGGAAUAUGAUUCCAUUGCAUAUUUUCGUUUGAAUUAUAGGGCGUAAAGUUCGUAACCAGUCCUCACUCUUUUUGGAAUUGUGCUUCAUUUGAUGAGAAAGAUUCCCACGGUCUGAGAGAACAUUUUUUAAAUAUAUUUAUAUAUUUACAAUUCGUUGGGUUAUUUUGAUGAUGUAGAGACUAAUUUUAAAAUCCCAUAAGUCGCAACUUCAAUCAUAAAGUGUCACAAAUCGAAAUUUUAAGAUUUUGAGUUUCGGUAAUAAAACGACCCAAAAUAGUGUUGUCUAUUGAGGUAAUUCCGACCUACGUUGAAAUAGUCAGUCAGGAAUUGCAGAUUUAUUUUUGUGAAAGUUUAGUUCUAUCGGAUUUAGACCUAAAGCGACAUAAUUUCAGUUGUGUGCCAACAGUGACAUGGAUUGAAAUAGCAUCUUUUGCAAAUUUGCUUCUAAAGAGGCAUUUUUUGCUUUGUUACAUGAAAUAUUUUUUAAAUAUAAUCCAAAAAAGAACCAUUUUAAAAUAAGUGACGUAACUGAAUUUUUUUUAUCUAACAAUAAAACCAUUUUUCCUCCUUUUAAAUAACACAUACAUCUUUAAAAUAUUCCUUAACCUUUUCACAAAUUUUAUUUGUUCGUAAUACUUCGUAAAUUUUCUCAAAGUUCAAACAUUCUAAGAUAGCUCCAAAUAUAAAAAAAAUUCUAUGAAACUACCACUUUUUAGUUGUGUCACUUUAUGAUUAAAGGUGCGAAAUGUCUAAGCCUCUUCCACCUUAUUUUAGGUCUAUUAGCCAUUUUCUCUUAAGUCUUCUAUUGUUUAUUUGUGGUUGGAGUAGUGGGUUAGUAUGUGAUUCCAAUCUUUGGUGGUGCUUUUGUAUUCUUUACUGAAUUGCCUCUUGAACUGUUGCAAUAUGCCGGUCUUGAUGUAUCAUCUGGUUAGAUAUAUAUCAGGGAGCGUCUACUAUUGUUCACAAAAUCCUUGACUAUGCUCUUUAUAAAAUAGCUAUAUUGGAUUUGCUGGCAUAUCCCCGUAAUAAUGGCGGGAUUGAAAUAAUUUCUGCUUUAUAUAUUAAAUUAUUUUCUUUUGGCAUUUUAGAUUUUCUGUCUAGCAUCCAAUAUAAAUUUUUCAUUUUCAGUUCUAUUUGUUUACAUUUUUUAAUUUAUAUAAUCUUUCCAAACGAUUUUGGUAUCUAAAUAGAUUCCUAAAUAUUUGACAAUUGGAAAUUAAAUGUUGUUAGUGUAAAUAGGAUGGGAUUUUUCUUCUCUUAAUGUGAAUGUUAUCUGUUGUGAUUUGCUUUCGUUUAUAAUAAUAAUGUCUCUAAUUCACCAACUUACGAGUGAAUUUCAACUCCUGAAGUCGACUGAGCGACUUGUGUAGACUUAAAGAUGAUUGAGGGCGUCAUUUGACUUACAGGUGAGGAAAACUUCACCCACCAUUAUCGAAAACGGUAACGCAUGGCGAUUUUUAUAAUCUAGAUGUCAUAUCAACAGAAAUUAAAUAUCUGCUAAUACAUUAUCCAUCAAAUCCUAUAGAGAACCAUGCAAAUAAAUUCACAUGAUCUACGGUAGGAUUCGAAGCCCAGUGUGUCUCUACCACAAAAUUGGCUCGCAAAUAAUGUAUGCGCCAUAGACCCCUACACUACUGUAGUUUAUUUUUAUUUUCCACUUUUUUUAAGUCUUGCAGUAUAAUCAGAUAUUGGGAGGGCUGAGUGGGACUUCAGAUUUAAAUGGUUGAAUCUGCGAAGUGUUAUCGUUCACAUCGUUUACUUUAGUCCUAAAAUACCUGCCUGACAAGUAUGAUUUUAGUAAGAUGUAAAAGAGGAUUGGAAGAGACUGUUUAAUCUUAUGUCAUAAACCAUACUCGAGAAAGAAUUUGUAGCAAUUUCGUUUCUCUCCUCGCAUUUACCGUUUUACUUUCUGUUUUGUAAAGCUUUCGAACUCUGUUUUGUGCCUUCUUUGGUACUUUUUAACCGACUUCAAAAAAGGAGGUUCUCAAUUCGUCGCGAUAUUUUUUUUAUUUAGUUAAUAUAUUUUUCUAUAUUAAUGGAUCAACAUCUUUUAUGUAAAAACGUGACGUCACACUUUUUAAAAUAAGGGUAUCUUUACAAUAAGUAAUAAGUUUACAAACCACAUAUCAAAUAUUCUCCAACAAAUGUCAUCAUUAGCCGAAAAAUCAAGUUUUCGCAUUUUAACAAAGUUGUAGUAGUUUUAUUUGAGCCUUUGAUCCAUGUUUUCUCAAUAAAUCAAUUUUGUGAAUUGUCACGUUUUACUAUCAGUACUUAACUACGAUUAGCACAUUAUAUUUAUAACUCCUGGGAUAGGUGUCAUGUGUCCUGGAAUUCUAGAUUUUUGUUCGCCCAUUCAAGACUGUUGUCACUUUUUUCCACUUUCAGGCUCUCAUCAGGUCGAGACCCAAAAUUAGGUUUGGGUUUUAAAUUAGCUUUUCAUUAUUUUUUUUCUGUUGUAACCAUGCGGUGUUUUUUUUUGGAAUUGUAUUGUUAGUUGGCGUUUUAAUACUGUUUCUGAUGUAUUGGAAAAUUAUUAAAAAAGGAAUCCUAAUUGAACAGACACAUACAACCAUAAAAAUUUCAUUUUUGUCUGAUAUAACACCGCUCUCGUUAAAAAUAUAUUUGUCAUACAUAUCGCAAGUAAGUGAAACAGCAAUACUCUGCAUGAAUAAAAGUUUACUAUAAAUUCUACAACCUGCCUGACCCAACCUGACUCAUCCGGUCUGGAAUCUCUAGUAACAUGGACGUACAAUUUUUUUUAUAAAUGUAUCACAUUCAAUUUUUCAAUUUUAUUAAUAAAAUAGGCCUAGCACUAAACAAUUGAAAUCAUAGAGGCUCCGUGAACUAAUACUAGUUGACACGUUAUAGAAUCACCUGUGGGCAACAUACUACUUAAAUACUCAAACCAUUGUGUAUGGCGUUCUUUUAGAUUAAAUUGUAGCGUUAUCGCUCUGACAGUCAUCUCUUGUUAUCUCUACUCUUUGCUAUAAGCAUUCAUUUAUGACAGUUCAUAAGUUGGAUAAGAAUACUCGAAAAUCGGAUAAAAUCAUCGCCUUUGACAACAUGGUUGCCGUAAAUACACUAGAGAACAUUUCUUUUUAAAUGAGAGUUAAAACACCUUAGUUUUACCUUGGUACUUAAAACCAAUCCGUUUUAAAACAGAUUCGUAGUAACGUUUGUUGAUAAAAGUUACAAAUUAGGCAAAAAUUGUAUUAUAAUAUGCUUUAAAUUAUGUUUCUUGUUCGUCCACAUGUAUUUUAUGUUUGGAAAAUCGGACAUGCACUCUAUUUCCGAAAUGUACCCUUUAUUCAUUUUCUAAAUAGUAUAUUAUUAAUUGAGAGAGAUAUAUGCAUACAAACAUUUACAUUUUUAAAUUUUAUUAUGUGAAUUUGUGUUGUUUUUACUUUGUGAUGUUUAAAAG